AUGGCUAGAGAAAACGGGGAGAAGACAACUGCAGCUGCCGGCGGGGAGAGUAAGAGCAGUUGCGAAACAGUAGAGAGCAGAGAAUGGUACAUGGCAGCCUAUUCACCACAAGGAAUCCCAACUUCCGACCACCUGAAGCUCCGCAAUGUCUCAAUUACCCCGAGUUCUCUCCCCGCCGGCCACGUCCUGGCUCAGACGCUCUGGCUCUCCGUCGACCCUUUCUUGCGCUCCAUGAUGAGCGGUACCGUCGACGGUCUCUACUUGCCCCAGCUCGACCUCGGCCAGGUUGUGAAGACGUUCGGAAUAGCCAAAGUGGUAAAAUCCGGCGACGAGAACUACAGAGAGGGUGAUGUUUUCCUUAAUCCGUUCCAACCGGUUGCGGAGUAUGCUGUACUUCCAGCAAACCCAGCUUUGCUCAGGAAGAUUGAUGUCACUGGCCAGAUCUCGCCUCUGGAUAAUUUGAGUUGCCUUGGGGUGGCUGGGUUUGCGGCGUGGUUGGGGAUUGUGUUGCUGGGAGACCCAAAACCAGGGACCAAUGUGUUCAUUUCAGCAGCAGGGGGAGGGGUUGGAAUGGUGGCUGGACAGCUGGCCAAACUCAGAGGCUGUACAGUCAUUGGAAGCACCGGAUCUGAUAAAAAGGUUCAACUGAUCAAAGACGAAUUUGGAUACGACGACGCAUUCAACUACAACAAAGAAGCAGAUUUUGACGUUGCUCUGACCAAGUACUUCCCAAAUGGAAUCGAUUUGUAUCUCGAUAAUGUUGGAGGCACAAUGCUAGAAGCUGUUCUUAACCACGUUAAUUCACAUGCGAAAGUCAUCCUUUGUGGCAUGAUGUCUCAAUACAACAAGGGUUGGAAAGAGAGAGAAGGCGUGAGGAAUCUGCUGAACAUCGUGGGUAAAGAGGUGACGAUGAAAGGGUUCAUGGAGCUUUCAUAUAUGAACCAUUUUGGAGAUUUUUCAAAGGAGAUGCAAGGCCAUGUAGUCCAAGGCAAAAUCCGAUCAAAGCACAAGAUUUACCAUGGGAUUGAAAGCUUCUUGGAGAGCUUGGAGUCUGUUUUCUUGAGUAUUAAUGAUGGCAAAGUUGUUCUUCAACUAGUUUAG